UUGGAGCCUGUAUUAAUAGCCACUUCACUUUAUGCAGUAUGAGAAACAGAGGUACAAUCACUUAUGAUUCCUCUUCUUUUCUUUACAUAGAUGUGGUUUCAGAACCAAAGAUCCCUAUACCCAGGGCAGAGCAGAAGUGAGUCCAUGAAUUCCUUGGCAGAUGGCCCAAAUGGAAGAUCAGGUCUGACAGCUCAGCAGCACCAAAUUAAUCAACCCACUCUCCUGGGCAGGUCUCAUCAUUUUUCUUCCUCCAAUUCUUUCAGCAGGAACCAAACAUUUCUACCUGCUUCUCUCCCAUCCCAUGACUCCUCUGUCCCUUGUCUGAGCCAAAGACCAAGUGUCAUGAUGGUGCUGCCCACACAGAGAGAAAAUUCUGUCUCUAUUCUGAGCCUUAGGAAUUACCUGCCAAUGCCCUCGACUUUGGGAGGAGACCUCUCAGAUACUCAGACUCUUUUCUGGUCCCCAAACCAAGAAAAAUGCCAGAAUCACAAAGAACAGAGUGGGAUAGGAAUCUUGCAGUUGAAGGACUAUUCUCAGCCUCAUCCUGAGGACCAAAAACACCAGCUGCAGGACCUGGAGCAGGUGAACAUAUCUUACAUUCUGCAACGGUGGGAUAAUGUGUGCCAGGCUCUGAUUGCAAAAUGGGAUCCUGGAGAAGGGACACACUGAGACACACAUGGCUGCAGUACUCGGCCAACUGGAGAAUCAUCCUGUC